AUGCAGUUUAUUGAUUAUACAUUAAUUCAACCAACUGCUAUCACUUCAUGUUGUAAUGGAAAUAUUCGUUCUAAAGAAUCAAAUGAUUUUGUAGUUGUUAAAGCAGAAAGAAAAAUAGAAUUUAUUACAGUAGAUUCAAAUGACAAUGAUAUUGUUUUAGAUUUGUUUGUACAAUUAGAUAGUUAUAAUACAGUUAAUAAUGUUCUUUGCUUAAAGAAUUUAUCAAGUAAUCAAACAGAUUAUAUUAUAAUUGCUUUAUGUGAUGCGAUUAAUAUUAUUCAAAUGGAAGGUUUUAAAUUUAAAUUAGUACAACGAAUUGACCUUGAAAAAAAAACAGAAAGAUUUAUUAAAUCAAGGUAUCUUGCUGUUGAUGAAGAAAAUAGUUCAUUUAUUACAGGUGCAAUUCAAGGUGGUUUUGAUUAUUUUAAAGAAGAAAAUGGUACAUUUUUAAAAGAAGAAGUGAGUAUUGAUGAUUGUGUUUGUUUUGGAAUUGUAUCAAUUGGAAAUAAUUGUUAUGCAACAUUAGUCUAUUUAAUAAAUGAAAAAAAGAAAUAUGUUAAAGUAUUUGAUUGUAAUAAUUCACCUCAAGAAAUAAAAAACAUAGAAGUUAAUAAUGAAACUGAAUCAAUAUUUAAAGUUAGUACAAAUUCUUUUGCUUUAACUAUGAAUAAUCAAAUUAUUAUUUACAAUCAUUAUACACCAUCUAUUUAUUUAUUACCUCAUAGAGAAACAAUGAAUGAAAAUAUUAUUGUUCAUAUCACUAAUGUUCUCUUUGUUCCAUUAAAUAAUCAAAAUGUAUUAUUAAUUCAAAAUGAAUUAGGUGAUCUUUUUAGAAUUCUUCCAAAUUCAUCUACAAUUGAGUAUUUCGAUACUAUUCCACCUUCAGUAAAUUGGUCAAUAAAUGGUGAUAUUAUUUUCAGUGCCUCUGAGUCACAAAACCAUCUUGUAUUAAAAGUACCACCACUCACAAUUCCAAUUCAAUCAUCACCUACUUAUAAACCACAAUCAUUGUAUUUUAAUAUUUCUACUUCUAUUUCUUCACACCAUCCAUUAACAUCAAUUGAUGUUGUAGAUAGUCAUGAAGUAUUGCAAAUAAGAGCUUUUGUUGGAAAAGGAAGUAGAAGUUCAUUAAAAAUAUUAACUCAUGGACUUAAUCCUGAUGAAUGUAUGUCAUUAUCAUUACAACAUCCAAGAAAUAUCUGGACAUUAAAACCAUAUAAUGAACAAACACAUCAAUAUGUUGUUAUUGGAUUAGAAAAUCAAACAUAUGUAUUGAAAACUCUUCCUGAUGCAUUAAAACAAUGUCCUGAAUGUGGUAUUCGACCUAAUGUACAAACACUACAUGCAGGAAUGUUCAUAGAUGGGACAUUAGUUCAAAUUCAUGCACACGGAAUUAUUACAAUUUUAAAUGAAAAAUUAUCAGAACAAGACCCAGGAGCACAACGAACGAUUUUAGUGGGAACAUCAAGUUCAUGUCAAGUAGUUAUUGCAUUAAAAAAUGCACAAUCUAAAUGUGAAAUUGUAUAUUUUGAAUAUAAUACUGAAACAAAGAAAUUAGCUGAAGUAGAAAGAAGAAUUAUAAGAAGUAAUAUUAUUGCAAUGGCAUUAGGUGAUUUUGAAAAUGGAAAAGCUAAGAAAGUUGCAUAUAUUUGUGAUAAUGGAAUGGCUAAUAUUUUAACAUUAGAAAAAGAAAGUAAAUUUCUUCAAAUUCUUGAAACAAAUAUUACUGUUGAAGGUGAAGCAGAAUCAAUAGUACUGACACAAUUUAAUGAGAUAUCAGAACCAUUUUUAUUCCUUGGUAUAGGAAUGAAGGAUGGUUGUUGUUAUGGAUAUAAAGUUAUUGGAAAAAAUUCAGAAUUAAUGUGGUGUAAAUUAAUUGGAACUGAUCCUGUUGUAUUUGGACAAUAUGAGUUUGGUGGAAAUAUUGGUGUUAUUAUGUCAUCAAGUACAAUGAUUUUUAUGUAUUCAUAUUUUUCCCGCAUUGAAUUUACACCAAUUUCAUAUCAACCAUUAAAAGCACUAGCACCAUUUAUUACUGAUUUUUCUGGUGAGUCUAUUGCAGGAAUUACAAAUGACGAAUUAACAGUUAUAGCAAUUGGUUCAUUAGAUGAUAGAUUUACAUAUGAUGAACAACCAUUAUUAUAUACACCAAGAAAAGUAAUUAAAUCAAAUUAUUUUCCAACAACAGUAUUAUGUAGUGAUAAUAAAAGUAAUUUAUAUAAUCCUACUAUAGAUAAUGAGACAAAUGAAUUUAAUGAAAGAAAGAUUGGUAUUGACUUACAAGAAGAUGGAAAAUGGGCAAGUGAAGUUGGAAUUAUUGAUAACUCAAUAUUUAAAUCAUAUUUUAAAACUGAUGAAGCAAUAAUUUGUGGUGCACAUGUUUCAUUUAAAAAGAAACAAUGUUUUAUUUCUUCACAAGUUAAACAUUAUAAGAAAAUGAAAGGAGAAUGUUGGAUUAAUGUUUAUAACCUUAAAACAUUUAAAUUAAUUCAUAAAACACCAGUAGAAGAUAUAUGUCAUGCAUUAACGUCGUGUGGAGAACGACUAUUAGCAGGUAUUGGUACUACACUUAGAUUAUAUGAUUUAGGAAAACAAAUAUUAAUAAGAAAAUGUGAAUUAGAUGGAUUUCCAUCAAUUAUUAAUUCAUUAGAAGUAAUUGGAGAUAAAAUAGUUGUUGGAACAGUUGCUACAGGAUUUAUUUAUGUUAAUUAUGAUUCAGAUGCUAAUAUUUUAAGUAUUACUGAAAAAGAUCGUAUUUGGCAUAGUUUAACAGCUUCAACAAUUUUAGAUGAAACUUCUACUAUUGGAUUUGAUAAACUUGGAAGUGUUUUUAUUACAGAAACUAAUACAAAUUCAAACCAACUUAAUUUAACUGAUAUUAUUCCUUUGUCAAAUGAAAUAGUUCAGUGGUAUGUUGGAGAUGUUGUUACUUCUGUUUCUGUUAAUGAAAUAUGGAAAGGAAUAACAGAUAAUACUAAUGAAUAUACUUUUGAAGAACAAAUAAAAGAAAAUAAAAAUGUAAUUAUUUAUUCAUGUUUAAUGGGACGUAUUGGUGUAUUAAUACCAUUUAAUUUUAGAGAAGAUGUAGAAUUCUUUUCAAAAUUAGAAAUGGAAAUUAAAAAUAAUUAUUCUCCAUUACUUUCAAAUUCAUUUGAUUCUUAUCGUGGAACAAAUUAUCCUGGUAUUGGUGUUAUUGAUGGUGAUUUAUGUGAUUAUUUUAAUCAAAUGGAUCCUAAACUUCAAUUACAAAUAGCAAAUAAUCUUGAAAUGACUCCAGUUCAAAUUCAAUUAAAAUGUGAACAAUUCAAACAUUCAAAACUCUUUUAA